CACACACAAGCUACGAUGAUCGCAAAGGUUCAGUCUCUGCUCGAGCAGCUUAACGGCGCGCUGAACGUCGACGCCGACACGUACGACUACGACUUUAUCGCCGCCCUGCCCAUCACGCCGCACGACGCGACGAGCAACCAGGGCUUCAUCCACCAGGCUAUUACCGACGAGCGGAACCGCGAGGUCGUGGAGGCGACGGCCAAGGAGUUUGGCGCGCAGGGCUGGGAGGUGGUGUAUGCGAACUGUGUCGCGCGCAUCGCCGCCAAAGUCACCCCGCUCAUCUCUGGCCGCGUGCUGGCCCAGACAUCCCCUUCGAAUGCCUACGAUGAGGACUACGUGUACAACCACGCCAAGCUGUACGCCGCCGCGUUCAACGCGGCCGGCAUCACCAACGACCGCUUCUGCAUCAAGAUCCCGACGACCUCGGCGGGCGUAGCGGCCGCGAAGCGCCUCAAGGCCGACGGCAUCGCGACGCUCGGCACCGCGCUGUUCUCUGUCCCGCAGGCGCUCGCCGCCGCCCAGGCAGACAUGCACGCGAUCAGCAUGUACCUCAACGAGCCUGGCGCGCACUCUAGCGCUGACCGCUGGCCGGACGUCGCGGACCCCGCGACGCAGAGUCCCAUGGCGAAUCGUCACAUGCAGAUCCGGGCCGCGUACGAUGCGCGCCGUAAGGCAGGACAGCACGCACCGCAGAUGAAGACGGCGAGCUACAUCUCUGCGGCGGAGGCGCUCGCGUCGACCGACCUCGGCGCGGACCACAUCACGAUCGGCGCGCCGAUCCUCACGGACCUCGCGAGCAGCGCCACGCUGCCGCCGUACAAGAAGGGCCUGUGGAAGGUGCCCUUCGCGCAGCAGGGGGACCGGGAGCACUGGGCCGCGUGGACGCCGGGCAAGCCGAGCGACGCGCGCAUGCAGUCGCUGCUUGCCUCCGACCCCGUGUCCGGCGCGGACUGGAAGCCGACGGACACGGCACUCGACUACACCGCGCCGGGCGUGCUCGACGCGUUCAACGAGAAGGAUGAGGCGACGCGUACGAGGCUGCACGCCGCGCUGAGCCGCUUCUCGGAGCAGGAGGCCGACAGCAGAAAGUUCCUGCAGGCGCUGAUUUGA